GAUGCAUGCAAUCCAUAGGACAGGCGAGACUGGCUAUAUGGAGUGGUAUAGUGGGUAUACAUAUAUAACUGGCAACACCGUUUACAAACUGUAUGUGUCAUACACUGUUACACCUGGUUUAACAUUCAGCAUUAUCGACAUUUUUAUCUGCCAAUUAUUAACAUAACGUGAAGGCCCUUUGUGUUCUAUAGACUGUGACACGUCUGUAUCGAGAAAGGAGGGAAUAUCCGUGUUUAAUCCUUACAUUUCUACUUCUGUGAAAUAUCUAACAUUAUUUUAAUCAUGAUGGUGUAUGGCAUCCAAAUAAUCGAGGGGAUGAACACAUACCAUUAUAAUCGGGAUUGGAACAUCGCUACAAAAAAAGAAAACCUGGACUAGUGACCAGCAUACAGUACCAGUGCUGUUAUGGGGUCAUAUAUUUCGUCUUUACCUGUAAACAGGGAAAGUUUUUCUCCUGAGGAUAGCACCGCCUUAGUUCUUCCAGCUGACGUUCGGGGGCCUAAGGUAUUCGUCGUUUAUCAUGACCAUGACUUGGAGUUUGUCAAAAAGGAGUUGAGGCCCCUCUUAACAGACGACGGCAUAGAAUGUUUCACACUGGAAGACAACUUUGUAGAACAGAGAAUAUUCCAUAACUUUGAAUAUCUUUUAGAUCAUACUGAUAAAAUUCUGUUCAUGCUGUCUAUUCCAUUUAGAAAUCACUCCAUCCUCUCAUACUUUCCAUCAUUAGCUUUACGUCGGGUAUCGAAAAGCAACGUUGUUUGUUUGCGUUUAAAUAGUUCUGUUUUCCUUGAAGAUGACCUGGCCUGUCUUGCAUCUACAAAGAUAGUAGAUUCCGAACAUGAUGGAUGGCAGGUACACUUGAUACGGCAUUUACGUUACAAGCAGCCAUCCUUCAGUCAUUUGCUUGGGGCUACGAAUGUAACACAAAGCCUACAUCAGCAUGGCUUGGAUCUUCCUUUUAUGUUGUUCAACGUUUAUGGUGUCGUUGUGGAGAUUAUUAGCGAGGUCCUUCGUAUAGAUAUGGACGAAUUUCUAAAGCACAGUCAGAAACAUAGUUCUUUGGGUAUUACUAAAGUGUGCGGCGAAUGUUCCAUGUUAUGUACAUCCAAUACAACGGUUAGUCUAAUUUACGACAAAGAUACAAUCAAAACCAAUAUGGACCUUACUGAAUUUGAUAGUGCUUUCGCUUCUCUUUGUGGAAAUAUAAUGGACGUUUCUUCUCUCCGGCGGGCAGGAGUAGUGUUUAUUCUCGGGUGCACGUUAAACGGUCGCCUUAAUGAUCAGGAUUACAUCAGACAGUUAUGGAUUAAAACAAUGUACCAGAUCUCUACCGAGAAGUCACCGAACCAUGCCAUCAAAUUCCCUGAUUAUGCCGACGAAAAAACGCGUUAUGAUUCAUUUCCAGUAUUCCAUGAAAACGAUCUGGUUCCAAAGACAGAAUCACUUGCCAAAGCAGGAUUUUUCUUCAGUGGGGCACCUCUGUUUACUACUUGUUUCGCAUGUGGAAGAUUCGUGAUCAGCUGGCGACAGGAUGACAACCCCUUGGUCACGCAUGCUGCACUCAAUCAGCUGUGUCCUUUUGUCAGGCAGAAUCAGACAGACGAUUUUAUCAAGAAUGCGAAAACGUCAUUUCAAAAGGGCAAACAUCUUGUUAAUGAGACGUAUAGGACCUUUGAAGCUAGAGUAAAAUCAUUUGAAUCAUUUUCCCUUGAUAAAAUGCCAAAAGGCAGCGCACAUUCGUUUGAUCGACAGAAGCUAAUCAAUGAAAUAGCAGAGGCUGGAUUUAGCUAUACGGGGUGUGGUGAUGCCUUUACGUGUUAUUCGUGUGGUUUAGGACUGACCUCUAUAAAGCAUGGUCAAAAUGUGAUGGCAACGCAUGCGUGGCUCUCACCAUCUUGUGCACACGUGACGUCUGUCAAAGGCAUGGACUAUAUCGAUAGUAUUCUGCAAACUGCAGCCCAUGCAUCUCAGAGAACGGUAGUGUCGUUUAUGAUAAAAAAGCUGGAUAAUCGUUCAAUCAAACAUAAAAAUGUGUUUCUAUUUCCUCCUUCACAAUCCAAGUCGUAGUUAUUCUCAUAAUUGUAAAACAAGGAUACUUCAUUCUCAUUAUUAUUCAUAUCGGUUUGGUUUCAACAAAUGCGUGGUACUUAAUAAUUCUUUCAUUUGUAAAAUUUAUUGAGCAUCUCAUUUUGUUUACUGCAAACGUGGAAAUUUACGCAAGAGGGGAAUUUACGCUUAUUAAGCGGAGUCUCCUUUUGUUCGCGAAAAUUUCCUCCGCGCGUAUAAUUUACAAGUUCAAGUUCGAUUGUUUAGUGUUACUACAAACGAAGGUGGAUCGAUCGCGAAAAUUACCCCCAUGCGUAUAGUUUACAUUUUGAAAUCGUGAAAUUAACCCACCGCGAAAAUAACCACGUUUACAGUAAUUCAACUUCUUUGGAGGUCUAACUGAAGAAAGAAAAUCUUUAAUUGAAUUUGGUUUAGUAAUUUAGCUAGAAAUCUUCGUGGCUCUGACAACGUGAGUGACCUUUCAGGGUGCUUCAAAAAGGCUUACCAAAGAAAGAUCAAUUACUCUGGCAAUAGCAAGUCCAUUGGAAGUGACAAGCAAGUGUACAUCUGCCACUGUGAUGAAGAUGUCUCCCCAGCUAAGAAAUUGUACGACAUACUGAUGACCUACGCACAACCGUCACUUAAAGUUGUCUGUUCUGCUGAUUUAACGGGUGGAGGUGCUUCUACAGCAGAAAUCAAUACCAUAAAGAAAAGUGAUGUUGUGUUUUUUAUUCCGAACUAUUCAACAGAAGAAAAAGUUCACGAAAAUAUAUUUAACAGCAUGGUGCAGCACAAAAAAUAUUUCAGGAUAACCAUUCUGGACACAACUUCACAUCAAAAUACAUCGUGUUCGUUUACAGAAAGUAAACUUUUUAAACGAUUAAAACAUAUUGAUAUGAGGGGGGAUAACUUUUAUUCUGAAUUGCAGAAAAGAUUGCCUCCGUGUAUUCGACGGAGGGACAGUAUCGAUAGUGUCACGGGGACAAAUUCUUACACAAACAGGCCUUCCUUUAACCACGAUGGCUACCUGCCUGGGUACCACAUACCCGGUAAACUCACAUAUAGUUUUCCUUAUCGACACUUGCAAACUAUUAGCAGUAAUCUAAGCAUCAUUAUACCACAGGACAUGACUGGUGAAAUCUUUAGUAACCUGUCGCCGAACACAACAGAAACAGGAAGAGACGUACCUCCUGUGACAAACUUUCAACGAUCCAAAGCGGCAUUCAAACAUAUUCUGAAACUGACUGUACCUAUAGGAGGAAAUCACUGUCCAAAGGAAGUGACGUCGUCGUGUAGUGCUGAAUCCCCAGAUACGGCAUCUACGUACCUGAGUCCUGAAAUCGGAAUGUCAUCAACAUUAACUUCAUCGACUUAUAAUAUUGACUUCAAUUAUUGAAAACACUGACGAUUCCAUCCAUAUUUGGGGUAUUUGAUAUGAUCAUAUAUUUCAUGAUUCAAGUAUCAACAAGGCAGUGAACAUUUCUGAAGAAAUGGAACUGCAGUAGCAAACCUAGCAGUCCAUGUGGUAUUUGCUCACGUGAUAUUGUAAUUUUAUAAACAGAAAUACAUUAAUAACAUUGUUUUAGAAUGUAUACACUCUUCUGACUAACCAUAGUUAAAUAUUUACACCUCCGACAAAAAGAGUAAUCAUUAUUGAUUGAAUACAAGAAUAGGCUACUCUACAAUAUACUAUAUAGACAUACCAAUGAUAAAUAUUGUUUCUGUCCUAUUUAUCAAGGCAGAUACUAAUGCGACAGCUAUUGGAUGUAGAGUGAUACAAUUGUGUCGUUGAUAGUUAUCAUAUAAGGCACACGAUUAAUUUUGUCCAAAUCUAUUAGAUAAAAUGUGUACUUAAUGA